AUGGAAACUCAACAAAAUCAUCAGCAACAGGGAAAUGAAGAUGGGGGAAACAAAAACAAUACAGAGGAUCUCUGCCAAGUUGAGGCAGUACGAAAGAUUGAAGGCAAAAAUGUCUUUUAUUGGUUUCAGAACCAUAAAGCUCGUGAGAGGCAGAAGAAACGCUUCACUAGUACUACUCCUUCUGCUUCUGAUGUCCCCAUGCACCACAGAUCACCUGCUGCCGGUGUUCGGAAAUACCAUCAAGAUCGGCCUUUCCCUAACAAUCUUACUGCUGCAGGUUUUCCAUCUUCAUCAAGUUCUUCUCCGGGUGUGCUGAAUAUUGGCCCUGUGGCACACCCUGGCUAUGGAUCUGUAGCCAUGGAGAAGAGUUUUAGAGACUGUUCCAUAUCUUCAAGUGUUGAUGGCAAUGGAUCUAGCCUGGGUCAAAACUUUGUACGGGUCGGAGUCGACCCGUAUUCUUCAGGAGGAGGCUGCCACCCAUUUCUUGAAAAAAGAAAAUAUGUUGAUUACGAAACCCUAGAAGAUGAACAGCAAGAAGAAAAACAAGUCUCAGAAAUUGAAACUCUACCUCUUUUCCCCAAGCACGAUGAACACACUUUCAAGCAAGAAACUAACUUCUACAAUGGCUGGCAUUAUGGCCCGAGGGCCGAAGAUAAUAACAUGGGCUCGUCACGGGCUUCCCUCGAGCUCACCCUCAAUUCCUACUCUGCCAGAUUGCUUAAUUCUCCAUGA